AUGGCUGGUAACGAUUAUUUCAAUAUCGAUAUGACAAAGUCUAAUGAUCUCAAGACUUCUACUAGACUUAUUGGACGUUUACCAUACAAUGAAACCCCAAAUUUUACACCUAUUCAAUCUGUGAGGUCCAGUGAGCUCCUCUUGAAUGCUAGAAGAGACAGUCACAGUCCAUCAAUACGAAGUUCCAGCGUUGAUAAUUGUUAUGGUCCAUCGUUUAGAUUGAGUAUGGAAGGUUAUAAUGUGCAAUCACAGAAUUCCAGUGAUGUUUUUAUUAAACCUUCAAGGUCUGGAGAGUUUCCAUUGCAACCAUCGAGAUCGGGCGUGUAUUCGUUUAGACGAUCCAAUCAUGACUAUGGAUUUGAUCAUGAUAACUUUGGUCACUUCCGAAGGUCGUACUCACCAGAAUACCUUGGUAGAAAUUUACCAUCGUCACAUCGAUCGAUGGAUGAUAGUAACAAUGUUAGUGCUAUCGAACACACAAAUAAUAUUUUUAACAAUACGCGGUCACAAUUCCCUCCUGUUGAACAGCAUCAAAAGAAAAAUUCAAAAAAGAAAAAGCGGAAUAACCAACUGCCAAAUGUUGUUAGAAAUAAUUCUAAACCUGAUGUCCAAGGACCUGUCGUUCAUUCUCUUCCACUUUUGCCUUCCCCUCAACCUGUUAGUGAGACCUCUGAUAAUAAAUUCGAUUUUUCUAAAACAAGCGAUAAUCUGACACCUUCAAAGGAGUAUACGCGCAUUACAUUUAUACCGUCUAUCAGACUCGAUAAAUCUUUACCAAAAUUGAUGGUACUAGAUCUUAAUGGAACCUUGGUGUGUCGAAUAAAGACUGGACGAAUCAUAUUGCGUCCAUAUAUCAACGAGUUCGUGGAUUAUAUUUUUAAUAACGGGUUUUACGUCAUGGUCUGGUCAUCAGCUCAGCCUUAUAACGUCAACAAAAUGGUGACUGCUAUUUUUGGCAGAUAUGAGGCCAGCUUAAUUGAGGUUUGGGAUAGGGAUAGUUUUGGACUGUCCACACAGCAAUAUCAUACUAAGACACUUACUAUUAAAAAUCUAGAGAAAAUUUGGGAAAAAUUGAACAAAUUGAAUGGUAAACCUCGUUGGGAUCAGUUAAACACGGUCCUGAUUGAUGACUCAAUGAAAAAGGCGCAAUUACAGCCUUUCAACUCUAUUCAUCUAACUGAAUUUGAUAAAUGUCGAGCAGAUAAAGGGAAUGACCGUGAGCUGUUUGAUGUCAUCCCUUAUCUGGAAGAAUUACGAUAUCAAAGCAACGUUAGUGCUUAUAUCAAAGAAUUUCCACAUAAAAGUAAAAAAUUGAGCAGUAAAGAGAGCUAUUCGUAUGAUAACGAUGAUCCUUCCUUCCACAAAACAAUCACGAAUUUGAAUUCUGAUAUUAAGGAGGGAAUGUCAUUGAAUGAUUCAUCUAGUAACUCAUAUAGUCGAAGAACAAUUACAUAUGAUGUUGUUCCAAACGAGGAUCUGCCAAAGAAUGUGAAUACCUCCAUUGGAAGCAAUAGAAAGAUGCCAUCACGCAAUGUCCAAGAAAAAUCAAACGAUCAAUCCUCGAUUAUGGAUGCAGCAGGUAUAAAUCUACUUAAAUUGGAUCAUGUCAAGAAUUCCAGUAAGCCAAUAGAAAAACAACGUAACGAUUGUGGUAGACCUUUAUGGCACGCUGGCUUAUAUUUAUAUAUCUUUUCACAAGUUUUUGGGAGUACGGUCGCAUUAAUUGGAACUAAAAUUACAAAACAAGAUCUUUGGGGUACUUUGGUGAUUGUAAUUAGUGUGAUAUGGGUUGUGGGUUUCGGAGGUAUUAACAAGGACAAUGAUGAUGAUUUGGAUUUGGAAAAACUAAAGGAAUUAAUGUUACGCCCUUUAUUCAUCAUUUAUUUUUCUAUACUCAAUGUAAUAACUUUUAUUCUCUUCGGCUGUGCCAUAUUUGGUUAUCUGAUGACUAAUAAUCCUGAGAUAAAGAAAAAAAACAAAUAUCUCAAUGGAAUUGAAACUUCUCGAUUGCAAAAUUGGGUUGGUAUGACAAUGGCUGGUGUUGGUGGUUUACUCGCCAGUCAGACUUUACUCUUGGCUAAAAGCGGCGUCAAGUUACUUGCUACAUCCAUCUCCGAACAUAAGAGUCAAUUUACUGAUAAAUUAAGUUGGUUUAUUCUCUUAUUCCUAAUGUUUACGGCCGUGCUCCAGGUUUAUUGUCUUAAUACUGCAUUGAAAUUACUCGAUACAGUAUUGGUGGUCCCUCUGUUUUAUGGUUUCUAUACCACAAUGAGCCUUGUAAACACAAUGAUUUAUCUUGAUGAAUUAAGUGAAUAUCCUGCUUGGGUACUUUCCUUAAUUGCCAUUGGAAUUGCUGCUUUAGUAUACGGUGUGCUAUUAUUAAGUGAAGCAAAGAACGUAAUUGAAGACUCGUCGGAUGAAGAUGAAUUUGAUGACAGUAAAGUACGAAAAAGACGUAAAAAGAAAAAACCAGAGCCAGAAGACGUGUUUAAUGAUUUUGACAAAUGGGUGCAAAGUAGAUUCAGUAUAAGUGAAGAUGCUGAUAGACCUGAUUUACAGAUUGAGGAACCUGAAAUAAAAUCAACUACGAUGGAAGAAUUUGAAGAAUCCAUCAAAGAAGAUUUAACACUACUUGGUAUACAUGCUGAUCAAAUAACCUAUACUUCGGAUCAUUUUGAGGAGCUUUACCAAUAUGCUAUCAAGCUUAUCAAUAAAGGAUUAGCUUAUGUGGAUGAUACUGAUGUCACUACGAUGCGCACGGAGCGUAUGAAUGGUAUUGAAUCCAAGAACCGGAAUUUAUCUGUUGAAGAGAAUCUUCAGAGAUUCCAAGAAAUGCUUGAAGGUACCGAAUUUGGUCUGAGCUGUUGCCUGCGUGCCAAAAUUAAUAUGAAGAAUCCCAAUAAGGCUCUUCGUGAUCCUGUUCUAUAUAGAUGCAAUAUAUUACCUCAUCAUCGUACUGGAGAUAAAUGGAAAAUUUAUCCUACGUAUGAUUUUGCAUGUCCAAUCGUUGAUUCUAUCGAAGGUGUUACGCAUGCAUUAAGAACCAAUGAAUAUCGUGAUCGCAAUGCUCAAUAUGAUUGGAUACUUGAUGCCUUAGAGUUAAGGAAAGUGCAUGUUUGGGACUUCAGUCGGUUGAAUUUUGUAUAUACCUUGUUAUCAAAACGUAAGCUACAAUGGUUUGUAGAUCAAGGUCACGUCAGUGGAUGGGAUGAUCCGAGAUUUCCGACUGUUCGCGGCAUAAUCCGUCGUGGAAUGACCGUCGAGGCUUUGAAAAAAUAUAUCCUUACUCAAGGUGCUUCAAAAAAUACGGUAAUGCUGGAAUGGGAUAAACUAUGGGCUUCAAAUAAGUCAGUUAUUGAUCCGAUUUGUCCAAGACAUACAUCAAUGUUAAAACCGAACAUUGUUAAGGCUAGUAUUUCUGGUGGCCCUGAAGUUCCCUAUACAAAAGACUUACCAAAGCACAAGAAGAACCCCAAUGUAGGAACAAAGAAGACAUGGUUUUCUUCGACCAUUUUUAUUGACCAAGAUGAUGCUAAGACAUUUGAAAUUGAUGAAGAGAUAACACUUAUGGACUGGGGAAAUGCUAUAGUUAAAUCUAUUCAUAAAUCUGACUCAGACCCUGAAACAGUGAUAGGGUUGGAUUUACAACUUCAUUUGGAAGGUGAUUAUAAAAAGACCAAGAAGAAGAUUACUUGGUUGGCUGAUACCGAAGAUGUCUUAGAAAUUGUGUUGGCCGACUACGAUUAUUUGAUCAAUAAGCGGAAAUUGGAAGAAAAUGAUGAAGUUAAGGAUUAUGUCACUGAAAAAACCGAAUUUUUAACUAGUGCUGUCGCAGAUUCUAAUGUGAGAAUGCUCAAGAAAGGUGAUAUAAUCCAAUUUGAGAGAAAGGGAUAUUAUAUACUGGAUGAUGAUAUUUCUACCACCUCUGUUCCACGCUUUAACCAUAUUCCUGAUGGUAAGGCUAGUAGUAUGGCUUCUAAAGCUGCGAGUGUUCCGAAUGUUUUAAAUUUGAUUCAAUGUUCAAAUUGUGAAAUACUUGGUGAAAUUAUUUCAACAAUUUCUCUUGAAAAAUGUAGAAAUUAA